UAAAUUGUAGGUACAAAGUAUUAUAUUAUUUGAUUUUAACCACCAGUUGAAUGGGUGUAAUUUAAGGAAUAUAGAUUUUUUCUGAAUACAAUUAAUAAGGUGAACAAGAUGGCAACGUUUUCUCAGUCAACUAUGGCUAGUGGCUCUGAUUCAUUUAUAGACUUUUGUUGUUCCCCCUGUCAUGAGCACAAAACUGUUCAGUGGGCGGAGUUUUACUGUGAUAACUGUGUAAAAUUUUAUUGUCCAAAAUGCAUUAACCUUCAUGGUCAGUUGUUUGGAAAACAUGUGACAUAUGGAAGGGGAGACACAAGUAAGUGGCCAUUGUCCAAGGAAGUGGAGGAUUUCCUUCUGAAGUGUGACCUUCAUACAGACAAACAUCUAGAAAUGUACUGCAAUGACCACAGUCAGCUGUGCUGCACUAAUUGUGCUUUCCUAAAUCAUAGACAAUGUGCUAAAGUAACACUGAUAUCCGAGUCAGUCAAAGGACCCCUACCAGAUUUGCAGCUACUAGCAAGAAAGAUCCAAACUAUUCUUGAAGAAAUCAAGCAACUUCAGAAUUAUUGGGAUACCAACAUGCAGUCUUUGCAGGUUUCAUACGACAAACAAUUACAUGAAAUACAUGAAACACGCAAAAAAAUAAAUAGUAUUCUAGACAAAAUUGAAAAAAACACUAUGAAAAAGCUAGAUGAUAAGUUGACCAAUCUAAAAGCUUCUGUCAAGACUGAUACGGACAAUUGCAGCAAGCUAAAAAAUGCUCUAGAACAACUCAGUGGCGCAAUACAUGACGUUGUUGAUAAAGGCAAAGUGGAACUGUCAUUUAUUGCCAGUAAGAAAUGUCUGGAAAAGAUUUAUUAUUCUGAAACUUAUCUGAAGGAGAACUCAGUUCAGGUCGAAAGUUCACUGACAUUCCAGGCCGACAGUGAUGUUCAACAGUACUUGUCUAAAUUGUCCGGUCUAGGGGGGUUUGUACUCAGUACCAAGGCAUUAUCAGUAAUAGACCAACUAUUCACUGUGCAAGGAAAGUCAGAGUAUAAUGUAAGCAUACCAAGUGAUAGAAGCUGCGGUAUCAAAGCCAUUUGUGUUCUAACUGAUGAUGAGAUCCUUGUUGCAGAUCAAGCGAAUAAACGAGUUAAGCUACUCAAUCCUCAAUACCAGGUGGUGGGACAUUGUGAUUUAACUGGUUAUCCAAAUGAUAUGUGUCAAAUCACACAAAAUGAAGUAGCUGUUACUGUGAAUACUGAUGACACACAUGAGGUCCUGUUUGUCUCUGUGAAAAAGAGGCGGCUGGUUAAGGGCAGGAAGUUGCAGUUUCAGCAUUACUGCUAUGGUAUUGCUCAUGAUCUGAAAGACCUGUAUCUCACCUCUGGAACUGCACUUUACAAGUAUUCAAUGAGUGGAGCUCUGUGGAAAAAGUUGUAUGAAGAUAGAUCAGGCAAAUUCACAGUAUGGAAAUGUGCAGUGAGUCCUUCAGGUGAAAAGAUAUUUGUCACCGACAAUUCCCAUAGCAAGGUCCUCACCCUUGCCAGAGAUGGUACAGUUCUCCACACCUUCCUAGACCUACAAGACCCAGGAGGUAUUCAUGUGACUGAUCUGGGACAGGUGCUGGUCUGGGAAUCUUCUGUAUCAGACAUCCUACAACUGGAUGGUGAAGGCAAGAAGAAGCUGGCCACUCUUGCUACCAGGAAGGAUGGUCUUCAUAAUGUACGCUCAGUCUGCUUCAAAAGGAGUACAGCAUCCCUCAUUGUGGGACAAUCGGACAGUAACAUUGUUGUGUUUAAAGUAAUAUAGUUUUGUUUGACAAGUUUCAGUACAAACAUUUUGGAACAUGUACUUUACAUGAAUUCUUGGCCACACCAAACUUGUAUUCAGUAUUACGUUUCAUCACAUAAUUCACAUGGAUGAUUUAAUAUUGUCGUGCCUACUAAUGUCAAACAGGUGCCAACGCUCUGCUGCUGAUGCAGUUAAGAAUAAAUGAAAGCUUGUCAGAAUUUUUUUUUAUUUUUUUUCAAAGUUGUAGGUGGAAGCACUUUGAUUUUAGAGCCAAUGUUCAAAAGGUUAACAAAAUGCAAAAUAAAAAUGUUUGAGCACGACGCCGGAAGACGAGCUGGCUAUGUCAAUACCUCAAGUUUUCUCCGAAAACAGCCGAGCUAAAAAUGAAUAACAUUUACACACAUAAUUUAUUUGUGGUUAUGUUCUACAAUAUUUUGGUGUAAUUUUUAUGCAAAGUAAAAAGAACGGCUGAGUGCAAUUAACGAGGGAAGGUCCUACAUUUUCUUUUCUUUUUUAACAAUCACAAUGAGUUCUAUCCUAAAACAAGGGCUGCUUGUAAAACAUGCAUGCCCCCCAUAUGGGCUGUCCGUUGUAGUGGCAGCCAUUGUGUUAAUACGAUUUUUGUCACUGUGACCUUGACCUUUGACCUAGUGACCUGAAAAUCAAUAGGGGUCAUGAAGUGUCAUGAUCCUAGGCAAAAGCGUUUUUGAGUUAUCAUCCGAAAAUCAUUUUACUAUUUCGGGUCACCGUGACCUUGACCUUUGACCUUGUGACCUCAAAAUCAAUAGGGGUAAUCUGCAAGUCAUGAUCAAUCUACCUAUGAAAUUUCAUGAUCCUAGGCGUAUGCGUUCUCGAGUUAUCAUCCGAAAACCAUUUUACUAUUUCGGGUCACCGUGACCUUGACCUUUGAACUAGUGACCUCAAAAUCAAUAGGGGUCAUCUGCGAGUCAUGAUCAAUCUACCCAUGAAGUUUCAUGAUUUUAGGCGUAUGCGUUCUUGAGUUAUCAUCCGGAAACCAUUUAACUAUUUUGGGUCACUGUGACCUUGACCUUUGACCUAGUGACCUCAAAAUCAAUAGGGGUCAUCUGCAAGUCAUGAUCAAUCUACCCAUGAAGUUUCAUGAUCCUAGGCGUAUGCGUUCUUGAGUUAUAAUUCAAAAACCAUUUUACUAUUUCUGGUCACCGUGACCUUGACCUUUGACCUAGUGACCUCAAAAUCCAUAGGGGUCAUCUGCGAGUCAUGAUCAAUGUACCUAUGAAGUUUCAUGAUCCUAGGCCCAAGCGUUCUUGAGUUAUCGUCUGACUACCACCUGGUGGACGGACCGACCAACAGACCGACCGACAGACCGACAUGAGCAAAGCAAUAUACCCCCUCUUCUUCGAAGGGGGGCAUAAAAAUAUUAAGUUAUAUAUAGAUUUAUAAUUAUGUAUUGUACAGACUUCUUUAAUUGCUGUUUUUAGAUUAUACUUUUGUUGAUUAUAGUUCUAUAUGUAUUAACUUAUGUCAUUAAAGCUAUCUGCCUAUACCGUUCACUUUGUUUUACUGAAUAAAUUAACUUAUACUGAUGUUCACAUUCACCUUUCAAUUUUCUUCCAAUCAAAUAAACAAGUAUUUGCAUUAUCUGUUUACUACAUAAAUAGACAUUAUUUUGUGUAUUAAAGUUACAUUUGCAUUAAUUGUGUUACUACAUGAAUAGACAUUAUUUUGUGUAUUAAAGUUUCAAUUGCAUUAAUUGUGUUACUACAUGAAUAGACAUUAUUUUGUGUAUUAAAGUUACAUUUGCAUUAAUUGUGUUACUACAUGAAUAGACAUUAUUUUGUUUAUUAAAGUUACAUUUGCAUUAAUUGUGUUACUACAUGAAUAGACAUUAUUUUGUGUAUUAAAGUUACAUUUGCAUUAAUUGUGUACCCAACAUGAAUAGACAUUAUUUUGUGUAUUAAAGUUACAUUUGCAUUAAUUGUGUUACUACAUGAAUAGACAUUAUUUUGUGUAUUAAAGUUACAUUUGCAUUAAUUGUGUACACAACAUGAAUAGACAUUAUUUUGUGUAUUAAAGUUACAUUUGCAUUAAUUGUGUUACUACAUGAAUAGACAUUAUUUUGUGUAUUAAAGUUACAUUUGCAUUAAUUGUGUACACAACAUGAAUAGACAUUAUUUUGUGUAUUAAAGUUACAUUUGCAUUAAUUGUGUACACAACAUGAAUAGACAUUAUUUUGUGUAUUAAAGUUACAUUUGCAUUAAUUGUGUUACUACAUGAAUAGACAUUAUUUUGUGUAUUAAAGUUACAUUUGCAUUAAUUGUGUUACUACAUGAAUAGACAUUAUUUUGUUUAUUAAAGUUACAUUUGCAUUAAUUGUGUUACUACAUGAAUAGACAUUUUUUUGUGUAUUAAAGUUACAUUUGCAUUAAUUGUGUUACUACAUGAAUAGACAUUAUUUUGUGUAUUAAAGUUACAUUUGCAUUAAUUGUUUUACUACAUGAAUAGACAUUAUUUUGUGUAUUAAAGUUACAUUUCCAACAA